AACAUGAAGUCUGAUAUGAUAUUCGGAAACCGGAAUUCGGUAAUGUCAGUGUAUAUUAUUACUUAUUAGUGAAGGAAAUAAAUAAAUUUGAAAAAUUAAUAGUGGUUUAUCGUAAAUUUAUAUAGUUGUGAGUGUUUUAGUAUACUCAAAACCUAAUACAUAGUUGUAAAAAUGGAAUCCAAAUUAGCCAAUGGACUUAAAAUGCUGUAUAUACCAAACAAAACAAAAAUUAAUUCUGGUAUCGGUGACCGUCUUCCAGAAGCAUAUAAAAAGUUUUAUAAAGAAUGGCGCCAUCGUACUCCUGCUCCUGUUUACUACCAGCCAAAAACAGGAAAAUGGACAAGAGAUGAAAAAUCUGGACAAGUCAUUCCUGUCCAAAAUGUACCAAUUCCCUUAAAAUAUCCGCCAUCCAUGCACAAAGGUAUUUGGGGUGGAGAAGCUAUUGUUCAAGGCUUCAAGCAAAACGGCAAGUAUAAAAGCCGUGUCCCGUAUUUUUGGAUACCGUCUCUCAAAAAAACUGUAGUUUAUAGUGAGGUAUUAGAUACAUAUAUGUCAGCAACAGUUACUGAACAUGCUAUUGAUUUAAUUAAUAAGAACUAUGGAUUCGAUAAUUACCUUUUGAAAACAGCAGCAUGUGAUCUGAAAUCUACGUUGAGUUUAAAAUUAAAAAGGCGUAUUUUAAUAGCUCUAAGAGAUAAAACAUUGUAUCCUGAUGAUCCUGCCAAGCAACAAAUCAUAUACGAUAAAUACAAACAUUAUUUAAAUGAUUAUUCACACGAAGAAAUCGAGUGGUAUGGACUUACAUUCAGCCAAGCUUUACUCAAGCAACUGGAAAGAGAAGAAAUCACUCUUCAGAACAGACAACCUUUAAAAGAAAAAUUUAGAAUGGAGUUGAUAGAAGAGCUGAAAAAUAAUAUUGACACUUCCGGAGAAGAGAACAAGACUUGGUUAACAAAACUUAAUCCAUUUAAAUAGAUAGCCCCCUCCCCUGAAUGUAGUAUUUGUUUAAAAUAAAAACUUUAUUUUCGUUCUGAA